AUGGCUGCCAAAGCCCUGGAGAAGCUGCAGGAUGACUGGGGAGUGACUUUCACUUCUACUCAGAUCUGUGUUGUAAAAGGAUCAACAGUGGAAAUGAGCUGCAAUUACAAACACCCAACCUACAUGGAUGGCUAUUAUCUCACAGUUCAGAAAACAUUCUGGUUCAAAGACUCUGUGGAUCUGACAACAGAUGAAGCCUACACAGAUCGAGUGGAGUACAGAUAUGCUCCAAAGCGUCCCUCUCUGUCAGUGAGUCCAUCUGCUGAGAUAAUGGAGGGAAGUUCAGUGACUCUGACCUGCAGCAGUGAUGCUAACCCAGCAGCUAAUUACACCUGGUACAAGAGGAAUGGAAAUCCAGCCCUUCAAUCUCUCAGUAAUGAGUCACAGCUUAUCUUCAGCUCCAUCCAGUCCUCAGACUCUGGACUCUAUUACUGUACAGUGGAGAAUGUGCUGGGCAAGAGGACAUCUGGAGACUUUGGUAUUGAUGUGAAAUGUGAGUACAGCAGCUAA